CAAGUUCCUCAUCUUAUCAUGUUGGUUUUUCCUCAUAAUGUAACCGUCUGCUCAUGCCUAUUGUUUACUAAACAAAUAAUAACAUUCAAAACGUGCCCAGUUUGGCUCUACAAGAAAUGUCACUAAAACUCAUUUUAUAAAGGGCCUCUGACUGAUUUUACUUUUUUUUUAAAUGACUUGUUUACUAGCAACCAGGAGUGCAAAUAUAAUUUGUAAUGUUUUCUGGACAUGCUUUCUUUCUUAAUGUAUGAAACAUAAUAAAGUGAACUAAAAAGUUACUUAAUACAAUGAAUCUUAGUUGCAGUGGUGGAAACUAAAUACAUUCACUAAAGUACUUUACUGAAGGACAGCUUUGAGGUGCUUGAACUUUACUUUAGAAUGAACAUUUUAUGCUUCUUAGCAGUUGACAACACUACAUGUCAGAGGGAAAUGUUUAACUUUUAAUCUGCUGAUUAUGGUUAUAAAUCGAACAUAUAAAUCAAACAGCCAAAAUUAGCUCUCCCCCACAACCGAACCCUUAAAAUGAUACUUACACGUAAAUGUGUCAGUAGAGAAUCCAAUAGUAUGAUAUAUAACAGUAUAGUCUCUCAUGGAGCAUUGUUAUGCAUAAUAAAUACUUUGGAUCCUACUUCAAAUACACUUUUCUGAUGCUUGAACACUUUCACUUAAAAAGGUUGACUAAUUGUACUUUAUUCAGAUCGCUUUACUUGAUCAAAGAAUCGUUCCCUCACAGACCCAUUUGGCCCCUACCUCCAUCAUUUGGCCCCCUGGAAAACUUUGAAGUCCCAACCCUGAAAUCACGUCUCCCACUGUUGGAUUGACAGCAUAUCAGCCAAUCAUAAUCAUCUACAAAUCCUCAGGGGCCUGUAUUGUCAUUUCCCAUUGGUUAGUAGUAGCCGUCAGUCAGUUACGUCACGCUCCCCAUCCAACCAAUGGUUGGGUAGGUUUUGCAAAAGAUGAGCAACAGGCUGAGUCCCUGCUGAGUGUAGCACAGCGAUCGGGGUGAAAUUUGUUUUUCUUUGCUUAACCGCACUAGCGUGGAGCCUUUAUGAUUUAAAUUGCUCCCAUUUUUGUUUAACUGGGGGUGGAUAACAGAAGAUAGCUGCAUAUACGUUGUUUCCAUAGAAUACCCAGAUUUGUUCGAGGCCUUGGCAUGGAUGAGGUACGGCCUAACAGUGGUGCUCAAGCCCACGGGCUGGUGCCGCUGUUUCCCCCUGGACUGCAGGCUAUCUACGGGGAGUGUAGAAGACUUUACCCCGAGCAGGCUAACCCGCUUCAAGUCACAGCCAUAGUAAAAUAUUGGUUAGGAGGACCAGACCCGUUAGACUACAUCAGUAUGUAUAGAAGCAUGGGCUGCCCAGCUCAGGAUAUCCAGGAGCAUUGGCACUAUGUCAGCUUUGGACUGAGUGACCUGUAUGGGGAUAAUAGAGUUCACGAAUUCACAGGGGCAGAUGGACCCAGUGGGUUUGGCUUUGAGCUCACCUUUAGACUCAAAAGAGAAAUGGGAGAGACGGCACCACCAACUUGGCCAGCUGAACUCAUGCAAGGCUUGGCACGAUAUGUGUUCCAGUCAGAAAACACAUUUUGUAGUGGCGACCAUGUAUCGUGGCACAGUCCGCUCGACAACAGUGAAUCUCGUAUCCAGCAUAUGUUGCUGACAGAGGACCCACAGAUGCAACCAGUUAAUACUCCCUUUGGCACAGUGAGCUUUCUCCAGAUUGUGGGUGUAUGCACAGAGGAGCUACAGGCGGCCCAACAGUGGAACGGCCAAGGCAUUCUGGAGCUGAUGCGUGGAGUCAGAGUAGCCGGUGGCCCCUGGCUGAUCACAGACAUGAGGAGAGGGGAGACCAUUUUUGACAUUGAUCCACACCUACAAGAGAGAGUGGACCAAGGCAUCGAGACAGAGGGCUCUAACCUGAGUGGGGUCAGCGCCAAGUGUGUGUGGGAUGAUCUGAGUCGACCGCCAGAGGACGAGGAGGAUAGCCGAUCCAUCUGCAUAGGAUCACAGCCACGGAGGCUCUCAGACAAAGACACAGAGCAGAUCAGGGAGACUCUGAGAAAAGGACUGGAGUUUAACACUAAGGCAGCACUGCCACCUAUCAACAACCAGAGACAGAGCCAUGAGAGACCUCAGAGUCGGAAGGACAGUUUGGAGAGUGAGAGCUCGGCGGCCAUCGUUCCACACGAGUUGGUCCGAACGCGACAGUUGGAGAGCGUCCAUCUGAAAUUCAACCAAGAGUCAGGCACGCUGCUGCCCCUCUGCCUGCGGGGCCGGUUGCUGCAUGGGAGACACUUCACCUACAAAAGUAUCAAUGGAGAUACGGCCAUUACAUUUGUGUCCACGGGAGUUGAGGGAGCUUUUGCUACUGAGGAGCAUCCAUAUGCAGCCCAUGGCCCCUGGCUUCAGAUAUUGUUGACUGAAGAGUUUGUGGAGCAAAUGCUUGGGGAUUUACAGGAACUAAACACUCGUGAGGAGACAAAGUUACCAAAGGAGUAUAGCUGGCCUGAAAAGAAGCUGAAGAUCUCUGUACUACCAGACUCUGUGUUUGAUAAUCCGCUGCAAUGAAAAAGAGACACUUAAUCACUAGAAAAUACAAACAUACACACCUGCAGAUACACAUUUCCAGAGUGGACCACCAAGGACAUGCAGCCCACAGAUAUGUCAGUCCCACAGUGGACAACCAUUCUGUGACACUCCUGAAGACGCUCCGAGGGAUGAUCUUAACACUUUUUUGCCUGUUACUGCAUUCUCAUACCAGCCCCACUGUUUACAACAUAUCUCUGAAGCUUGAAUGCUUUUGAGUUAGUCAAAUCAGCCUGAAACCAGCCUAACCUGUAAGAACAAUCAUUAAAAGUGACACACUAGCUGUAGGGCAAAACAGGAUGUUUCUCCAGUAUGUCCUGCCAAACUCUCAGUACAAAAAUAUACGUCACUAAUACAGAUGAGCCCACAUCCUGUGAUCACCAAACAGUGUUUCCAAACUAUAGCUGGGUGGCUGUUCUCAAAUCAGUUGUAUUUAUUCCAUUGGCCUUAGAAAGGACAGAACAGUCACAUGUUGGAAAUUUUUAUCAAUGUUUUCUUCAAUUGAGCUCAUGUGUAUAGUAUUUACAAAUGCUGGACAUUUUUCUCUUACGUGUUUGUGGUUAUACCAAAGGUAAACGUUCUAUGUCUCAAAUGUGUCAUGAUUUAGUCAUAAUAGGCAGGCUGACUAUGAUUAACUACAACUGCCUAUUUGUCUGGGAUAAUCACACCAGCAUCUGAACUGUUUUCUUAGAUACCUGGCAAAUGCUGCAGGGAUUACCACCUUUUCUUCCCUGUGCCAAGAACAGAAUUCCUGUAUUGAGUAAUUUUUUUUUUUUUUUGACCUGUCCUGUUUUUUUUUCACGCAUGUUGUUGCGUGUUUUAAAGUUACGAAAUGUAAUACAUCGAGUCCGUUGUAAAUGUUCAGAGACUGAGAUAUUUUGUUCAGUGGCCUGUCAAGUGUUGCCUCCAGUGGCCACAUAAAUAUGUGAUGUUUUGUUUCAGGUUUUUUUGUUUUGUUUUUUUUUUUACCAGUAGGACCUGCUUGAAAAUGAGUCAGAGAAAAAUUCCUCAGUGCCUUGAGUUGAAAAGGACCACAUAGUCUCUUGACUUAAUGCUGCAUACAGCUCUCAUGAUGCUGUAUUUGUUUUUUGUUUUUUCUGAUACUGUCACUGCACUCCAAUUUAACACUAAAAGAGAAAAAAAAGUUGUACUACAGUGUUUUUCUUACAAGAGUUACUCUUCUGCAAUGUGAUGGAGUCUUAUAUUUCUUUGUCUCUUUUGUUCAGAGCGACAAAUUUCAAGUUUAGGCAGGUAUUUUGUAAGUACUGUCUUAUUGAUUUAACUGGCUGAUUGUAAUCCCAAGUGCAUUAAAGAGUGUACAUAUUUACACAAAUAAAGCUGCAAAACUGCAGAAUAACAAAGGAACGUAUUUC